AUGUCCACUAUUGGCUACAUUGGAGCAGGCGCUUGCCUGCUCGGAGUUUUCUCCGCUCUUUUCUCCAUUGGCCACAUUGUCCAAGACAUCAAUAACUUGAGAAAUGAGGUCGAAGGUCGAGUAGACGAGUUCAAAGUUCUCGCUGAUGACACCUGGGACCGUCUUCUGAUCCUUCAGUCGCCAACUGGAGAAUCCGCCAAUCCAGUGCCGUCGUUGCUCCGUAACAAGAGAUUCGUGUACCCAGGAAUGUGCAACUGCGAUAGCAACUCCCAGGGAUGCCCAGCUGGACCACCAGGACCACCAGGACUUCCAGGAAAGCGAGGAGAUGAGGGACACCCUGGAGAUGAAGGAAGACGUGGAGCGAGUGGAAUCUCCCUUGCUGCUACCCACGACAUCCCGGGAGGAUGCAUCAAAUGCCCAGAAGGACCAGCCGGACCACCAGGACCAGACGGACAAAUUGGAGAGCCAGGAUUCCAAGGAAACCAAGGACCAAUCGGACCAUCCGGAGAUGAUGGAACCCCAGGACAGGAAGGAGAAGCCGGAGAGCAGGGAGAGCAAGGACCAAAGGGAUACGAUGGAGCUGAUGGACCAGACGGACAACCAGGAACUGUUUACUUCCCAGGACAGCCAGGACAGCCAGGAGAGCCAGGAUGGCUUGGAGAGUCAGGACUUCCAGGAAAGCAUGGAGAGCCAGGAAAGGACGGAGAGGAGGGACCAAAGGGAGCCCCGGGAACGCCAGGAAACCCAGGACACGAUGCCUUCCCAGGAACUCAGGGACAGUCUGGAAAGCCAGGAGCACCAGGUGAGAAUUUCAGUAGGAAAUUAAUUCAAAAUGCGCUGAGAUUUUAGGAAAGGAUGCCAACUACUGCCCAUGCCCACAGAGACAGGACGACAGAACACCUCCAACAUCGGCCACAUCUGCUCCACAGCCUCCACCACCACGAGCUACUUCCACUGCCGCCCCACCACCGCCACCACGUGCCACUUCGACUGCUGCUCCACCACCAUCAUCCCCACCACGUGCUUCUUCGACUUCUGCCCCACCACCACCGCCAGCAACUCGUGUCCCACCAUCGCCACCAGCCACAGAGAAGCCAUCCACUCCAUCAGAUUCUGGAUACCCAUCGCCAACCGAGGAGCCAGCCAUUCCUUCUCCAAGCUAUCCAUCCCCAAGUUAUCCAAGCCCAAGCUACCCAAGCCCAAGCUACCCAUCUCCAAGCUACCCAGCCGAGCCGGCUACUCCAAGCUACACGUCCCCACCAGAGACUCCAUCCGAGCAAGGAUACGAAGCUCCGUCCCCACCACAAACUGGAUCUUACCAGAGACGUUGGUGA